AUGAAAGCAAAAGAGCAUCAACAGCAGCUACAAAUGCAACAACUGCAUCUGAUGCAACAAAGAAAUGUUCACUUACAAAGAAGGGAUCCUAAUCAUCCUUCACUUGGUAGCUCUGUAAAUGCUAUGAAUAUGAAUGGUGAUGGGAUGAUGGGAAAGCUAUCAGCCAGUAGUAGUACACUUAGUGUGAAGUUGCAAGAGGAACCCAUGAAGCAUUCUCAUUCUAUGGUUUCAGAAACAUCUCCAGCUCUUCUUGGUUCCCACAAGAUGACCCUUAUGAAAUCAGCCACAAAUCAAGGCCUGUUGAUACCAGGCAAUUCUCCAAAUGAAAUCAAACAAGAACUUAACUUGGGUAACACACAAAAAUUCUUGCCUACAGAUCCUUCAUCAAUUUAUGGACAGACAAUUUUGCAGUCAAAUUCUAGUCUGGUUGGUGUGGGAUUGAAUCAAGGUGUUACAGGUCUUCCAUUAAAGGGUUGGCCUCUAACUCAAAGUAACAGAAAAAGAAAACAACAACAUUCUUCUUCAACUGGGCCAACCAAUAGUAGUGGCACAGGGAAUACACCAAGCUCCCCAGCAUCAACUCACACACCAGGGCUUGGAACUGGAAUCACAACAACAACUACCAGUCUCCACCAUCUACCCAAAACCAUCAUCAUGUAUGCUUCUUCUUAUCAGGGAACAGUUGCCAUUGCCUCCUCAACAAAUCAGCUCGAUGACAUUGAGCAUUUUGGGGAUGAUAAUGUGGAAUCGUUUUUGCAACAUGAAAGAGAUGGAAGACAAGUUUAUGGUGCAAUGAUGCAACACAAGACAGAGUCGUCUUCUUCCAAGGGUUUUUCCUUUGUGGAAGUUGGCUGUAUUCGGACAAGAAAGAAGGUCUUGUGCUGUCAUUUUUCUUCAUAUGGGAAGUUGCUAGCUAGUGCUGGCCAUAACAAAAAGGCACUUCUAUUGAACAUGGAUACCCUACACCUACAAACAGAGACCACCCCUAAAGAACAUCAGUUCUUAAUUACUGAUAUUCGUUUCAGACCAAAUUCCACCUAG